UUUGCCAUGGAAACCGCUUUGGUUGCCCUGUAUGAUGGUCUGUGUCAGGAGAGGGGCAGGGAGAGUCUGACCUUGUAGAUAUUCCUGGACCUUUCAGUGGCAUCCACCAUGGUAUCCCUCUGGGGUGGCUAGUUGAGUUGAGAGUAGGGGGCACUGCUUUGCAGAGGUUCUGCUCCUGCAUGGACAGCCAGCUCCAGAAGGUGAUGCUUGGGGGACACCACCCUGCCCCUUGGAUGCUCCAGUGUGGUUUCUCUAAGGGGUUGCUCUGGUUUCUAUGCUGUUUAAGAUCUACAUGAAACCACUUGAGUGGGAUCAUCUGGCGUUUUGGAGUGCAUUGCCAUUAGUAUGCUGAUAUCAUAUAGUACUAUUUCUCCUUUUCAUCUCCAGGAGGUGACAGUGUGGAUGUGCUAAAUUUGUGCCUGGCUGCCACAGUGGGCUGGAUGAGGAUUAAGAAAUUGAAGCUCGGUCCAAACAAGGCUGAUUUGCUGUUGGUGGAUGGUUCUGCAUGGGUGGAAGGAAAAUAACAUGUUCUAGAUGGGGUUACACUUUCCUUGGAGGAGUAGAUUCAUAGCUUGUGGGUGCUCUUGAGCUAUCUUUGUCACUUGAGGCCCAGGUAGCUACAGUGACAUGGAGUGCCUUCUAACCAUCUUCAGCUGGUGGCCAACCUACACCCCUGUAUGUUCAGAGGUAGCCUGGUUUUAGCAAUCCAUGCUCUAGUAAUCGUCAAAAUAGAUUACUGCAAGAUACUCAGUGUGGGUCUGCCCUUGAAGAUUGUUCAAAAGCCACAGCUUGUGUAAAAUGCAUCAGCCAGAAUGAUAAGAGGGACCAUAUGGUCUGAACUUGUAACACCAAUUCCAGCUCACUCAGAAGCGUAUACACAGCCCAAUUCUGGUUGCCUAUAUGCUUCUGAACUCAAUUCAAGGUUUUAACUUUAAAAGCCUUACAUAACUUGGGACCAAAAUACCUGAUGGAACGUUUCUCCCAACCACAACCUGGACACUGUGAUCAAAAACUGGAGCCAGCCUACCUCCAGUAAGGAGGUUUGGCUGAUGGCCUUUUCAGUGGUGGCCUCCCAGGUCUGGAAAAAGCUCUGUAUGGAGGACUGCCUGGUACCAACUUUAAUAUUUUUUUACUGUCAGGUUAAGGCUGUCCUCUAUCAUGAGACAUUUAAUUAGUCCAUUAUUUAUUAGGGCUUAUGUUAACUGCUUAAACAGGUCUUAUGAUUCAGUUUGUAUAAGCUAUUGUAGCUUUUUAUAUUUAUUUUAAAUUUUGUUUUAACAUUUUGAAUGGUACCUUUUAUGAUGCCUUUACUGUAGUCUGUACUUUAUAUUGUAUUUUAUGGGUUAUUGUGCCCAGAGUUUGGCUAUUGGGUGGUAACACAGAAACAGCGCGAGUCAGAAGGGGUCUCCCGGGCCAUCUAGUCUGACCCCCGGCACCAACCAGCUCCACUCACAAUUAAUAAUAAUAAUAAUAAUAAUAAUAAUAAUAAUAAUCUGAAUCCUCCCAUUACUCAAAAGUUGUCAAGAUGAUUUGUGAUGGUAAUAAAACAGACCUAGGUUUCUUUGUUCAGAGUAACAUGUUUUUAGUUGGAAAGGUUUGUACAAUUUAAUUACAAAAUAAAGUUCAUAGAAUAGUAGAGUUGGAGGGGGCCAUGAAGGCCAUCAAGUCCAACCCCCUGCUGUUUCAGGACACCCCGUUACACCAUCCCACUUGGAUGGCUGUCCAGUUUCUUUCUGAAUGUCUUUAGCAGGGGUCCUCAAACUUUUUCAGCAGAGGGCCGGUUGAAAGGUGCUGGCAGCUGGCGCAGGCCGGCAAGGUGGGGCUGGCCGUGGGCAUGGGCCGUGAGGGGGCAGGGGCACACGGUGCAUGCCUGGCAAGGUGGGGGCGGGCUUGCUCGGAGAUCGUUUUCUCCGAGCGAGUCCAAAAUGAUCUCUGUGCAAGCAAGCCCCUGUCUCGCCACACAUGUGCACACGUGGCGAGGCAGGCAGCGGCAGAUGUGGGCGCGGCAAGUCCGAAACCUCUGAGGUGGGCCAGAUAAUGGGCAUAGCGGGCCGGAUCCGGCCUGUGGGCCGUAGCUUGAGGACCCAUGGUCUUUAGUGUGGGAGAGCCCACCGCCUCUCUGGGUAGAUGAUUGCACUGUUGUAUCGCUCUGAUGGUGAGGAAGCUUUUCCUGAUGUCCAGCUUGAAUCUGGGUUGUUGCAACUUGAAUUGAUUAUUCCAUGUCCUACACUCUGGCAUCAGCAAGAAGAGGUCUUUGAGUUGAACAUAUUUCAAGGAAAAUAUAUAUUCUAAUUAACUUUUUUUUUCUUUUUAGAGCUUUGUUGAGUUCCAACAAUUUAGAUGACACUGUAAUCACGUUGGUAUUGAGACCGUCAGCAGAUCAAUGGUCGAACAUUUGCAGCAAAUUCUCUAGAGAAGAUGGCCUAUUAGGUUUUCAGGGAAGGGCACUGAUCUCAAGAUGGCAGCCCAGAGGAUUCGUGCUGCUAAUGCCAGUGGGCUCCCACGGUGCAAGUCUGAGGGGACAUUGAUUGAUUUGAGUGAAGAAUUUUCAGAAACCAGCUUGAGUUCUGUGAAAGUGCCUUCUCCUAGUGCCUUGAUGGUAGACAAUCUUACAUCAUUUGGAAAUGCAAAGGAGGUUGUAGCUAUUAAGGACUACUGUCCAAACAACUUCACCACCCUGAAGUUCUCCAAGGGCGACCACCUUUAUGUCUUAGAUACCUCAGGAGGCGAGUGGUGGUAUGCCCACAAUACCACGGAGAUGGGUUACAUCCCCUCCUCCUAUGUCCAGCCUGUCAACCACCGAAACUCUUCCUUAACCGACAGUGGAAUGAUAGACAAUCUGCUUGAAAGCUCUGAUGAGGGCGCCAAAGAGCUCGAUCUGCUUGGAGACUGGUCGGAUGUGAACUGGAACGUAACCAAAAACAACCCUUUCUUGAUUAACAUGCAGAGUAAUCCUUUUCUGAAUAGGAAUGUGCAGAUAAUGCCUGACAGGAAAAAGGAGCAUUCCCUUCCAACCCAUAUGGAUUUGUUGCUCUUUGACACGGGAGUGCCAAACUUUACCGGCUCGAGUUCUGCGACAAAUAGCAGUGUGGGUAACCAUCUUGAUGAGAUUCCGUCAAUGAAUGGAUUUGAGUUUGAUCAGCCAAGUAGAUGGGACAACCCGUUUUUCAGAAGCAAACGCUCAUACAGUUUAUCAGAGCUCUCAGUACUGCAAGCCAAGUCAGAAAAUCCAGCAUCCUCAGGCUUCUUCGCUGGGUUAAAAUCUCCUACUCCAGAACAAUUCCAAAGCAGGGAAGAUUUCAGAGCUGCAUGGCUGAACCAUCGGAAAUUAGCAAGAUCGUGCCAUGACUUGGACCUCCUGGGCCAGAACCCUGGUUGGGGUCAGACACAACCCGUGGAGACUAACAUCGUUUGCAAGCUGGAUAGUUCUGGGGGAGCAGUUCAGCUUCCAGAUACAAAUAUUAAUAUCCGUAUUCCAGAAGGACAUGUAAUUGCUGGCGAUACACAGCAGAUCUCUAUGAAAGCCCUGCUGGAUCCCCCUCUGGAACUCAACAGUGACAAAUGCAGCACGAUUAGCCCUGUGUUGGAGAUUAAGCUGAGCAACAUGGAAAUCAGAACCUCCAUCAUUCUGGAGAUGAAGAUUUCUGCAGAAGUCAAGAGUGACAUUGUGAGCAAGAGUUUAGUGGAAGUGCAGUGUCUGCGGAGUGACAUGAAGGAAGGCCCCUAUGCACCGUUGCAGCAACAGUAUUGCUAUGGAGACACGAUCCAGGUUCAGCUGGAGAACCUGGAGCCCUGCAUGUAUAUAGCCGUUGUAGCCCAAGGACGGAAUAUUCUGUAUCCCUACACUGUUUGGGAUUACAUCAGCAAGAAAGUCACGGUCGGUGUCUACGGUCCAAAGCACAUACACCCUUCUUUUAAAACAGUGGUUGCCAUCUUUGGGCAUGACUGUGCCCCCAAGACUUUGCUAGUAAAUGAAGUGACUCGGCAAGUACACGGCACGGCACCCGUGGCACUGCAGCUGUGGGGCAAGCACCAGUUUGCCUUAGGGAGGCCACAGGAUCUAAAGCUUUGCAUGUUUUCAAACAUGACUAAUUACGAGGUGAGAGCCAACGAGCAGGCAAAAAUCGUGAGAGGCUUCCAAAUGAAGCUGGGCAAAAUCAGCCGCCUCAUCUUCCCCAUCAUGUCACAUGAUCCAAAUGAGCUGUCCGACUUCACGUUAAGAAUACAGGUCAAGGAUGACAAGGACGCCAUCCUGACUCAGUUCUGUGUCCAGACACCACAGCCCCCUCCCAAGAGUGCCGUCAGGGCCACUGGACAGCGGAGGUUUCUCAAGAAAAACGAGGUUGGAAAAAUCAUCUUGUCCCCUCUUGCAACCACCAUCAAAUACCCAGUCUUUCAGGAUCGGAUUGUUGGAAGCCUGAAAUAUGGCAAACUGUUAAAAACAGUGGUGAGGCAAAACAAGAACCAUUACCUCUUGGAAUACAAGAAAGGGGACGCCAUAGCUUUGCUCAGUGAGGAGAAGAUCAAGCUAAAAGGUCAGCUCUGGACAAAGGAAUGGUACAUUGGUUACUAUCAGGGUAAAAUUGGCCUUGUUCACACCAAGAACGUUUUAGUUGUUGGGAAAGCCAAGCCGAAUUAUUUCUCUGGACCUGAGCUUACUACUGGCAUGUUGCUGGAGCAAAUCCUGAGGCCUUGCAAAUUCCUCACCUACAUCUAUGCUUCAGUGAGGACUUUGCUCAUGGAGAACAUUAGCAGCUGGCGUGCAUUUGCAGAUGCUCUGGGAUAUGGCAAUUUGCCCCUUGCUUUCUUCUGUCGAGCAGAGUUGGACAGUGAGCCAGAAUGCGUGGCUUCUGUGUUGGAAAAAUUGAAAGAAGACUGUAAUAAUUCGGACAAUAAAGAUAGGAAGUCUUUCCAGAAGGAACUGAUGUCAGCCUUACUGAAAAUGGACUGCCAGGGCUUGGUUGUUCGACUUAUUCAGGAUUUUGUGCUUCUGACUACGGCUGUAGAAGUGGCCCAGCGCUGGAGGGAGCUUGCUGAGAAGCUGGCCAAGGUGUCCAAGCAGCAGAUGGAUGCCUACGAAGCCCCACAUCGGGACAAGAAUGGAGCUGUAGAUAGCGAGGCAAUGUGGAAACCAGCGUAUGACUUCAUGCUAACAUGGAGCAACCAGAUGGGAGACAGUUACCGUGAUGUUACCCAGGAGCUUCAUAUUGGACUUGAUAAGAUGAAGAACCCAAUCACGAAACGCUGGAAACAUCUCACAGGAACCCUAAUUUUAGUCAAUGCUCUGGAUAUUCUACGGGCCGCUGCCUUUAGCCCGCAAGAACAUGAUGAUUGCGCCAUCUGAUGGGAAAGUGCGGCCUCAGCAAAUCCAGUUGCUCCUUGUUUUUGUUUUUACCUAGUGGUGAGAGAAAGGGGAAACAGUUCUGAAAAGCCAAAGUUUCGAGCAGAGAUUUCUGGGCUCUGACUGCAAUUUUCUUAUGCUCAUCUCCUCUUUGCAGAAGACACCUAAGACAAUAUUAUUUUUUAUCCUCUGUGGGUGACAGUUUUUCUUAAUUUGUAAAAUGGAACUUUUUUAGGCAUUUGCAAAUAUCAGACUGGAACAUUCAAAUAAUUUUGAGAAGGCAUUACCAUUUUUAUCUAACAUGGAAAGCAUUUUUGUCCCGUGACCCACUGACUCAUGUUAAAAUGAAGCACAGCUUAACAUCUCCUUGCAAGCAUUUGAAUUCUAAUACAUGACUAUUAUGUUAACUCUGUCACUUCCUGUGAUCCUGUCAGUGUUAUCCUGCCAUUUGCUUUUAUGUACACCCUUUUGUAAGGAAGAAAAUGCACAGUUUUUUCAAUGUAGCUUAUUUUUGUAACCCAAAAUUUAGCACUACAUAUUAGUGUCAAUGCAAAAUGUGUGUUUCACUUCUGUCUGUGGCAGAUCCAUGAUCAAAAAGAACCAGAAACAUUUUCAGGCUAUGAGACAGCCCCAUCCCCUUUCACAAUUAAAAGAAAUAAACUUUAAUGGAUACUAUUUAUGGUGAAACAUAAUAUUUCACUUCACUGAACAUUUCAACUUGUACCAGUGUCUGGCUUAUCUAUUGGUGCCUCUUUUUAGAAGUUUACAUUGUAUGGAUUUGCUUAAUGUAUGAAAGGUGGACAUUUCAUCAAGGUUCUUAAUUGUGCCAUCACUGAGCUGAAAUUUCAAGCAUGCUCCUUACCAAGUGAUCGUGCUGCGUGUGGACUGGGCUGCUUCAGAUUGUGAGGAGGAGUAUGACGGGACGCUUCUCCAGGCUGCACUAUGGAGAAGACUGUGGAGAAGUCUUUGGUCAUGUGAAGCCCCAGCUGAAGUCUAAGGUAGUUGUGGUGUAGAACAGUUUACCACCUCCAUAUGAACUUGGUCUACUACUGGUUAGGAACUUGGUUGGCCAGUUGAAAAUUCUUCCUUUGAUGGAGCUCUGAGAGUACACCAUAUUUGUUCAUAAGCUAGUUCUAGACUGCUGGUAUUCAUGGUAUGUGUUGUUUACCAAGAUAUGCUGCCCUGGGCAACUGAGAGUUGAAAUGGCAUCACCCGUGUGGCUUCAUAUACCAUAGAAAGCUAUAAAAAAGUUGUUCUACUUUCACAUGAAUGUUUCACAAAAUGCUUUCAGUCUUCCUCUCUGGUCAGUAAUACUUAGGGUGGAAGAAAUCUAUUUUGCAUUUUUUUCUGAUGAGAGUGUGCAAGCACAUCUGCUUUUUGCUUUUUUCAUUUUCAGACACAUGCUUUAAAUCUCCCAGAUAAUUAGGUGCUGUUCAAAUACUGUAUAUGAAAGGUUUUCUUUUUCAGUCAUGAUUUGUGGAGAGAGACAAAAUCAUCUUGUACUGUGGCCACUAAAAGUAACUUCUUAAACCUGUUUUCUCACAGUAAAAACAUGUUAGAGCUUUGUUCUUUGGAACAAGCUGACCUUUCAAGUAUCUUGGAUUAUGCAACACAAUUUUCCUAUCAGCAGUUCCAGAGUUUCAUGAAAGCUAAAUCUAGUUUGUUGGAAGAGCAUUCCUAUUGUUCCAUACAAGUUUAAUUAAUGGGAGGAGUGCCUAUUGGUCAUUUCCUUUUUUAACUAGAAAUUAAAUGGUCUUUCUACCCACUUCAUUGGCUAUUUCCAAUGAAAAGCAUCUCACAUUUUGGCUCUCACAAGAGAAUGAAACAGAUUCCUAUGCAAGUUCUCAGAGCACAUAUUUGAAGUGUAUUAUGUUAACAAUAUUCUCAUGGAAUGCUCCUCUCUCCUCACCCCCAAAUGUGUCUAUCUCCUUCUCUCACAGAAAGAAUCUACACAAGAUAGUGAAUGUGUUUGAGAGUAGAGGAGAAACUACCUUGUGUGUUUUGUGCCCAGUGGAUGAAGAUAAAGCGGGUUGCAUAGCCAGAACUGUCCCAGUAAAAAGCGGGUGGAUGACUUGUGGCCCUCUAGCACUCUCUGGAGGGCCACAAGCUGCCCAUCCCUGGAAUAAUGAAAGGUUUUAGUUUUAGUUAGGAAUGUCUUUUGCUAGGGUGUUGCUCAGAAUUGAAAGUUGGCCUCUCUCACUCUGCACACACGCACACGCACAAAAAUGCAACCAGAAGUAUAUUAAACCUGGUCAUUUGUGCCAGAAGUGACCUGUGAGCGAGAACUCUGGCAUGUGUAUGUGUCUGAAUGUUCUCACUGGGUUGUGGGCAAAGACUCAUGUGAUGGACCCCACAGCAGCAACUCCUCUUCUACAAGGUAGCCUUAUUGUGCUUCUGGAUCUGUGCUGGCAUUGUGCCACCUGUAGGUAACUCUAGAACUCACUACAGGGAUCAUGGGCUCUGGGUUCAGCCACAGCACUAGGCAGUUCUGAAUUGGAAGGACCAGAACUUGAGCCAAAUCCAUGGCAUUAGAACGGGAUGCUGAAGAAGGUUUCAUCUUCUGAAAUUAGUCUAGGAAUUCCAUAAGAGUUUUGGGGAGGGGGUUGGAUUGCCUCGUGCUUCCGCCGUUUUUGUCAAACUACCUCAGAUAUUGCACACCUUUUCAUGCUUGAACUUAGCACUAAAAGUUGUCCUUAGGUGAUUACUAUGCCGCCACCAAGAAAUGUUCAAUCACAACCACAGCUUUUCUAGCUUAGCCAAUGCAAAUGCAGCAUGAUCAAUUCCACCACCUCUGUUUUGACUAAAAGCUCCUUGCACAUAUUUGGAGUGACUGUUUGUUCAGCCAAAUAUGCCUUUCACUCAGUAUGUUCUUACAAGGUAAGCUUGCUUUGGAUUUUAAAUUUAAUGCAGUGUACAAGUAGUUUGUUGUACUUCUCUUUAAAAAGAAGGACUUGUCAGAACUAUACAAUUAAAGCAGAUAUUUGACCA